GUUAUGCUAACGAGGCUGCCGCCACCGCCCCGCCCCGCCCCGCCGGUUCCCUCCCGCCCUGUGCCCUCCAUCUGGGUGGGUGAGCGAGCGAGGGCGAGUGCGGGCCGCGGUGCGCUGUGGGAUACUGGCGGUAUAUAGUCUAUCCUCGGUGCGGCGUUAGCUAAGGGGGCCAGGCAGGAGCGGGGUAUGAAGAUGGCGGACGCCAAGCAGAAGCGGAACGAGCAGCUGAAGCGCUGGAUCGGCUCCGAGACCGACCUGGAGCCGCCCGUGGUCAAGCGCAAAAAGACCAAGGUGAAGUUUGACGACGGCGCCGUCUUCCUGGCCGCCUGCUCCAGCGGGGACACCGAGGAGGUGCUGCGGCUGCUGGAGCGGGGCGCCGACAUCAACUACGCCAAUGUGGACGGGCUCACCGCGCUCCACCAGGCUUGUAUAGAUGAUAACGUAGAUAUGGUGAAAUUUCUGGUGGAAAAUGGAGCAAAUAUUAAUCAACCAGAUAAUGAAGGCUGGAUACCUCUACAUGCAGCUGCUUCCUGUGGAUAUCUUGAUAUAGCAGAGUAUUUAAUUAGUCAAGGAGCACAUGUAGGAGCUGUAAAUAGUGAAGGAGACACUCCAUUAGAUAUUGCUGAAGAAGAGGCAAUGGAAGAGCUGCUUCAGAAUGAAGUAAAUAGACAAGGUGUUGAUAUAGAGGCAGCUCGAAAAGAAGAAGAACGAAUAAUGCUGAGAGAUGCAAGACAAUGGCUCAACAGCGGCCAUAUAAAUGAUGUCAGGCAUGCUAAAUCUGGUGGUACAGCACUUCAUGUAGCUGCUGCUAAGGGCUAUACAGAAGUCUUAAAGCUUUUAAUACAGGCUCGCUACGAUGUAAAUAUUAAAGAUUAUGAUGGCUGGACACCACUUCAUGCUGCUGCUCACUGGGGUAAAGAAGAAGCAUGUCGCAUUUUAGUGGAAAACCUAUGUGAUAUGGAGGCUGUCAACAAAGUGGGGCAGACAGCAUUUGAUGUGGCAGAUGAAGAUAUUCUAGGAUAUUUAGAAGAAUUACAAAAGAAGCAGAAUCUGCUUCAUAGUGAAAAACGGGAAAAGAAAUCUCCCCUAAUUGAAUCCACAGCCAACAUGGAUAAUAAUCAGACACAAAAAUCAUUCAAAAAUAAAGAGACAUUGAUUAUGGAGCAAGAAAAGAAUGCAUCUAGUAUAGAGGCUCUGGAGCAAGAAAAAGCAGAUGAGGAAGAAGAGGGAAAGAAGGAUGAAUCCAGUUGUUCUAGUGAAGAAGAAGAGGAUGAUGACUCAGAAUCCGAAGCAGAGACGGAUAAGACCAAAACCUUAGCAGGUGUAACUAAUAAUGCAAAUACCACAAGUACACAAUCAGGAUCAGUAGCUGUGACAGCACCUUCGGUAGCUGGUGGCCAAGGAGCACCUACAUCACCUGUUAAGAAGUUUCCAACAUCUACAACCAAGGUUUCUCCCAAAGAAGAAGAGAGAAAAGAUGAAUCUCCUGCUUCGUGGAGGUUAUGUCUUAGAAAAACUGGUAGUUAUGGUGCACUUGCAGAGAUUACUGCUUCCAAAGAGGCUCAGAAAGAAAAGGACUCUGCAGGUGUCAUGCGUUCUGCUUCAAGUCCUAGACUUUCCUCUUCGUUGGACAACAAAGAAAAGGAGAAAGAUGGAAAAGGAACUCGACUUGCAUAUGUUGCACCUACAAUACCAAGACGACUGGCUAGUACCUCUGACAUUGAUGAAAAAGAAAACAGGGACUCAUCUGCUAGCUCGAUACGUGGUGGCAGUUCCUACACCAGGAGAAAAUGGGAGGAAGAUGCCAAGAAAAACAGUUUGAAUGAAGGUCCUACAUCAUUAAACACAGGUUAUCAAAGAAGUGGCUCCUUUGGUAGAAGACAAGAUGAUUUGAUUAGUUCUAAUGUUUCAAGUACUGCAUCAACAGUUACCUCUUCUGCUGGUCUUCAGAAAACACUGCCUGCCAGCGCAAACACUACUACAAAGAGUACAACGGGUUCUACUUCAGCAAGUGUACAAAGCAGUACCUCAAAUCGUUUGUGGGCUGAGGAUAGUACUGAGAAAGAAAAGGACAGUGUUCCUACAGCAGUGACCGUUCCUGUUGCACCAUCGGUUGUAAAUGCUACAGCCACUACCACAGCCAUGACCACAGCUACUUCUGGCACUGUGUCCUCAACAUCAGAGGUCAGGGAGAGACGGAGAUCAUACCUCACUCCAGUACGGGAUGAAGAGUCAGAGUCCCAAAGAAAAGCUAGAUCCAGGCAAGCGAGACAGUCUAGAAGAUCUACACAGGGAGUAACACUGACAGAUCUUCAGGAAGCUGAAAAAACUAUAGGAAGAAGUCGUCCCACGCGAACCAGAGAACAGGAAAAUGAAGAAAAAGAAAAAGAAGAGAAAGAAAAGCAAGACAAAGAAAAACAAGAAGAAAAGAAAGAAUCUGAAACUAAAGAUGAUGAUUAUAGACAAAGAUAUUCCCGAACUGUUGAAGAGCCAUAUCAUCGCUAUAGACCAACUUCGACGUCAACUCCUUCGUCAACCACCUCCUCGCUCUCCACCUCCACUAGCUCUCUUUCAACUUCAAGUCAACUAAACAGACCAAACAGCCUUAUAGGUAUAACUUCUGCCUAUUCUCGGAGUGGAACAAAGGAAAGUGAGAGAGCAGAAGGGGGCAAAAAAGAGGAAGAAAAGGAAGAAGAUAAGUCACAGCCUAAGUCUAUAAGGGAAAGGCGGCGACCAAGAGAAAAACGACGAUCUACAGGAGUUUCUUUUUGGACACAAGAUAGUGAUGAAAAUGAACAGGAACAGCAGUCCGAUUCAGAAGAAGGAACAAAUAAGAAAGAAACCCAGAGUGAUAGCCUUUCAAGGUAUGAUACGGGAUCCCUCAGCACGUCCUCAGGUGACCGUUAUGAUUCAGCACAGGGGCGAUCAGGGUCACAGACUUACCUUGAAGAUCGAAAACCGUACUGCAGUAGACUAGAAAAAGAAGAUAGCACUGAUUAUAAGAAGCUUUAUGAACAGACUCUAGCUGAAAAUGAACAACUGAAAGCACAGAUACAUGAUACCAACAUGGAACUUACAGAACUUAAGCUAGAGUUGGAGAAGACCACUCAGAGACAAGAGAGAUAUGCUGACAGAUCACUCUUGGAAAUGGAGAAAAGGGAAAGAAGAGCUCUAGAAAGAAGGAUAUCUGAAAUGGAAGAGGAACUUAAAAACCUGCAACAAAUAAAGCAGAUUCAAUCUUUGAGGCACAUAAAUGAGCGACUGGUGACAGAGAAUAGGGCCUUGACCCGAGUGGUUGCCAAGCUGUCAGAGUCCUGUAGGCAACUGCGCUCUGUGGACUUGUAAUUUCUGCCUUCUCCUUUGUGUAGCCAGAUGCUACCAGACCUGAAGGCAGACAACCAGAGGCUAAAAGAUGAAAAUGGGGCCUUGAUCAGAGUUAUAAGCAAACUUUCCAAAUAAAGGGUUUACUACAGCAGCAAAUAACGGUAUUGCACAUCACUAGUAGCUCCAGUGGACCACAGUAUGGCAGUCACUGGAAGUGUGGGAAGAUCCCUCGGAGACUUUCAUUUUCAGAUAUCCUGCCAAACGCCCUCUUACCUGUGUGGUUUUUUUGUAUCAAGAUCAUUGUUUCUGUUAAAAAGCAGCUGCUGAGAAGAUAAAAUGACUGAGAAAUCUUGUUUACAGCUACAGCAUAAUAAGGAAAGUGUUCAAGGCCAGAUACGCCUCAGAUAUUUAACCAGUAAGCCUUAGUUGUACAUAAACACUUUUACAUCAACAAAAGCUUUCAGCUCUCACAGAAGACAGUUACUCAAUAAUGUUUUUGUUGUGCCACAAUUCCCAGUUUUUUUCUAUACUCAGUUUUUCUUUAAAUCUUAAGUUUGGAUUUUUUUUCCCUUCUAAUUAUUCAUGUACCAGAUUUUCUUGUACAGUGUUUUCACAGCUUUACCAUUUGCAGAGACCACACACCCUUUUAAAUUACAUCUUUGUGUAGCUACCUAGAAUUGUAUUGUCCAACCACCUGGAACAGAGAUGUUUGGUGGAACAUUUGCUUUCACUGUUUGUGCAAUAUGCGUUUAUUUCCUCUACAAAAUGCUUUAAAAGUCAGUUGAAACUAGAAGUAUUUUAAGAGUCCUGUUUUCUGCCUUUAUUGGUCACUUUAAAGAAAAAGGAAAAAAAAAAAGAGUUUGUAGUGAAAGAUGUUAGAUCCUGUAAUCGUCACAUUCAUUUGAGCAGGUACUGAGUGAUGCUGUAUAUAUAAAUGUGUACUGGUUUGAUUUUUCAGACCACCACGUGGCAUGCUUGAAUAUAUUUCCCUAUUGCAAUGUCUGUUAAUGCAAAUUAGGCUACUCCAGAAUAGUGUGUUUAACAAAGUUCAUUAAUUUUUAUGGUAUAAAGAAUUUAGACAUUGUACAUUGUAUGGAGCCCUAUCUUUACAAAAGGUCUAAACUAUAUAAAAUACUUUAUUAUCUUUUCCUCCCAUUUUUUUUUCAUUUGAUAGUGUUCACCAUAAUAAAAAGUUGCAUAAAUAUAACUGCUUCACUACAUUUCACAUACCUGUAUUUAUCUGAGUGCUGUCCAAAACUGUUGUGCUAGCCAAAGUAAUGUACUAAAUCAUUUGAAAAACAUAACCCAUUACACUCACAUUAAUGUUUAUAUGCACUGUUGUUGCCAUGUGAGAAGGCAUCCAAUUUGAUAACACCAUCAUGUCAGACCAUUUUAUACAUUUCAGUGGCCUUUAAAAACAACAAAAAAAGUACUUAAGUGAAAUCGCUUUUGUUAGAAACAGCUUUUAUAUUUUCACGAAACCAUUCAAGAUACGACAUCCUAACGGCACAUAGUUUAUUGCCUAAAACCACUGAACAGAUCAGCCAUUAAAACAAAUUGUACAUUGUAAAGCUUGUAGUAGCUAUUGUAUUAUUGAUUAUAUUGUAUACUAUAUUAAAUGUGAAUUUGUACCCCUUCAUUUAAAAAGGUCAUUGUGUUCUACUGCCUACUUGGGGGGGGUGGGGAUUAGUUUUACGGGGCUGGGAUAUGUUUUGGUAAGGAAGACAUGAUGUCCUCUCUCUGUUGAUUGGUUUUUUGAAGAUGUAAGGUUAUGCUCUUACUACCAAGCUCAGGAUUCUUGAUUUUAAAGGUACACAGAUAGUUUGAGAUAUCUUAUUGUAAUUGAUCUGUAUGAGAGGUGGGUCUGAACCAUAGGGACUUCCAUUGUCUGACGCUAACGUAAAAUAAAGAAUUGAAUGGCUGCAACGUAUUGAGUUCUGUUACAAGACAGUUAGGCAUAUUCUGGAUUAUAUUGGGUAAAGUUUGGGUGCCUGUGAAUGAUUAAAUACGUGUUUCUAAUAUUUUAGUGUUUUAUAUUUAGGUUAUUUAUUCUUUAUAUCUAAAAAAUGAAUGGCUAAUGUGCUAUAUUGAUUUUAUUGGUAGUACUGAGCAGACCUUGUAUCUGCAUGAAACUAGUUGCAAAACCCACUAUUUUGGAAAAAAAAAUUGUAUUUUGACAUAUACAAAUAAAAUGAAUACAAACUA